AUGUCAUCAUAUUCAUCCCGUAAUAAUCGUUAUUAUGAUUCCGCGAGGCAAUCACACGGGAAUAAUUCUCGAUCACAACCGGGCAAUCCUGUUGAUGAAGAGACCAUGGAAGGAAUGUCUGAAGAUUUACAAAAAAUCUUUGACGACGAUUCAAAAUGUGCUCGUUUAUUAAAAAAAGUUAUUCGUGAUGAACGAUCAUUUGAUUUACGUAUUCAACGUAUUCAAGAAUUUCAAGUCUAUCUUGAAAGAUCCGAUAGUAAUAAAUUUAUUAUGAAAUUAGCUGAACCAGCACUAAAUGUACUUUUCGAACAGUUUCAAGAAAGAUCUCAUGAAACAAUUCGAUCUGAACUUGCUCAUUGUAUGGGAUUAAUAGGCUAUGCGAUGUUGAACGAAGGCGAACCAAAAUUUUCCGAAUGGAUAUUUGAACGCUUAAAUGAUGUGCGAAAAAAUGAUAGUCAACGUCAAUUACUCAUCAAUGCAUUUCGUCAUAGUAUUCAAAAUGAACGCGAAAUGUUAUGUUUAGCUAAUGAAAUUGAACAAAUAAGUGAUCAAUUAAAAAAAAUUCUUGAAUCAGUGGUUCAUGCUCCGCUAAUGAUUGCUAUUACGGAUACAAUAAUUGAACUUUCGAGAAUUUAUCCACAAAUAUUUCAAGAAAUUUUUGUUGAUAUUGUGGAUAUUCUUAUCGGUUGGUAUAUUGAACCAUUGCCAACAGAUCGCAUUCUAGAAUAUACAGCUCAAGCAUUGCAAAAAUUUCGCCCAUUUUGGGUAGAUCAAAUUGAACGCACAACAUUAACUCUAUUAGAUCAUUUUAUUGAAGAUGCUGAUAAUUAUGCUCAACAAUUUGAACUGCAGGAACAAAAUAAUGAUGGCGAUGGUGAAAUUGCGUCAUUUACAGACAAAAUUGCUGCUUUAUACAGAGCUUUUGCUACUGUUCUUCGUGCACUUUCCGAUAAUUUUGCUGCGACACCUCAUUUACUACCUGUUGAAUAUGUUGAUAAUUGGUUACAGAAAAUUUUACAUACAACAACUAUCAUCAGACAUGAUAAAUUAUUUGGCAUUUUAGCUAAGCCCGCUAAUACAGCUGUUUGUAUUCUAUUGGAAACAUUUUCACAAUUUGAUGAACAACUUAAAAACGAAAUAUUUGAUUUUAUUAUUGAACAAACUCAUCUUCAUACACAAAGUUGGCCUUAUGAAGCAGAUGUUAAUUUACUUCGAUUAAUUAUGAAAGUUAUUGAUAUAGCUGAUCAUGAUUCAUGUGCAAAACUGGCUAGUUCAAUAUUUGCAGCCCAGUCUCGUCUAUGGUUGUAUCGAUUUUUAUACUCCAAUGCUCUUAUUCAAGAUGUUUUACAAUUGUUUAAUCGUCUAUUGACAAUUAAAAGCAUUCCCGUUGUUCAACAAGUUUAUCAAGCUAUUUUAGCUGAUAUGACAUCGAAUUUUAAUGUACUCUUAAAUGUUCUCGAACAGAAACUGAUUGUCAUUGGUAGUGCAUCAGCAACAACGAGCGAUUUGAAUGAAGAUGAUGCCGAAGCAGCACUUAUUUUUGAUUGUAGCGCUUUGUGCCAAAUUGGAAAUGUAAAAGGAAAUCUAAUUGGAAUGUACGCACUUUCUCCACCACUUUUUGAAUUACUCGCUAAACAUCUGCAAUUAACAAAUUCGAAACUGGCUCGACAAUAUCCAGCUGUUCAUUAUGGUGUACUGAAAACUCUCUAUUCACAUUGUGCAGCACACGAACAUUUCAUUCAUAAUUCAGAUUUAUUUAAACAAAACGAUACAACUAACGUGAUGAGUUUAACAAGUUUAACGAAAGAUAAUUUUGAAGAUUUACUUAAACUUCAGCAUCGUCUUAUUGUUAAUAGUCAUCUUAGUUGUCAUGAUACAAAAAAAUUGGUAUUAAAUUGGCUUGCUGAAAUCAUCGAUGCACUUCCACAAGAAGACAAUGGAUUACUUACUUUACCACUUUUACUGAAACUAUCACAUGCUAUUAUUGAUAUAGCCUAUUCCGACGAAGAAGAAAUCUGUAAUUUAUGUUGUCGUUUACUAAAUAAAAUUGUUAAAAGACAACGCGACCUCGAUGUAUCAUUCUUAGUCCGCUUAUUUGAUCUAUGCCGAUUUUGGUUACAAUCCAAUGAAACAUCAAUUCACGAUAGUUACUAUGCUAUUUUAUGUUGUUUACCUGUUAAUAUUCUCACCAGUAAAUUUCCUACGCAUGGCACAUUGUUAUCAUCGAAAAAUGACUAUUCUGGUUUUGCUAGCAUCGUUAAACGAAAUCAUAUGAAUACUCCAUAUUUAGGAACAUUUACCACACAUUGUUUUAAUCUAAUAUUAGGCUAUAUACUUGUUAAUCAUCAAAUGCCACGAAUGUACGCAACUACAUGGCUUGAACGUCUGUUUCAAUCGUGUCAACGUAAAAGUAACAGCGGAGCUUCGAAAGACGAACAUUUACCUGAAAAUCAACAUCGCCUAUUAAGUUAUGAGCAGUUGCCAAAUUUUGGAAAUGAUGCAUUGAUCUGGUUUUGGGCUAUAUGGGAAUGUGCACAAUUUUGUGUUAUGAAUAAAUUGAAAACACCACUUGGGAAACCGCAAGAAACAUUUUUAGCACUCGAAGAAACUCUACGGUUUUUUGCUUGGCCGAUUGAUAAUAGUACGAAAAAAGCCGAAGGAUCUUCAUCGGAUCAAACGAAUCAUUCUUCAACGCCAUCAUCAACAGUCAAUCCUCCUGCUACAGCAUCGUCAUCAUCCGGUGAAGUAAAUGUUCCAUCAGACAAAGGUGAUUGGUGGUGUGAUUUACACCGUUGCGGUCUUUUAUUACAAUUAAUUGAAGCACUUGAAAAGUGUAUGUACAAUGCAUAUGAAGGAGCAGCUCUUUCACUUCCACAAUUACCUAAAACUGUUAAAUUCUUUUUUAUUACAAACAAAACGACAUGUUGCGAGUGGCUCAAUCGUAUUCGUAUUCCAAUGAUUCUAACAGCUGUACGAAGUGGCCAGUAUGAAUCGGCUGCACGAAAUUGUAAUCAAUAUUUAAUGCACGCUUGUUCAUUAGGUCAAGUCGAGGCAGUGGAAUUCGAAUUCGUUAUAAUAUCCUUUGUUCAAUCGCUAAUUAAACUUCAUAAUAGUAUGGCUAUUCAUGGAAUUUAUGUAUGGCUGAAAAAUACUCAUCAAAUUGAUUGGUCAUGGAUACAAGCGUGUGAACAUGAAGCUGCUGGAAAUCUUGAACAAGCAGCUUAUGAAUACAAAUUAUUAUUGAAUGAACAUUUUAAAAAUCUAUCGGCCACUAAUGAAAAAAAAGAAGAGAAAAUAUCAGGUGGACUUGCAAAAUUUUUAACUCAAAAAGUUUACGAUUGUUAUUUAAGUCUUCAUCAAUGGCCUGAAUUAAUUGCAUGGAAUGAAGCAUGUCUUAAAAUGCAACUAGCAUUUUUACAAGAUGACAAUGAAGAUUUACGUUCAUCGAUGGAAACAACAAUUGAUAUUAAUGCUAUUCGAGCAAUGAGCUGUUUUGAAAAUCGAGAUUUUGAAGGUUUAAAAGUAGCUAUGAGAAAAAUGCCAAAUGCACAAGCAACCGGAGAAGAACUCGGCCUAAGCAUAUCUUGUGGUUGGGAUAUGGAAACAUUUGAUAUGUUAGCAACUGUUGAAACAUUAAAAGGAGUAUCCAAGCGCAGAUCGGGCCUUUGGUCGCUUAAUGCAGUAUUGCAAUUGACACAAGAUUUAACACGUAUACAUAAUGUUGAUGAACAUGCGUCAUGGUCAGAAGAACGAGCCGCUAUUAGUCAAGUAGCUGCUUUAUAUCAAAGCGAAAAUCGUGAAGUUCCUCUAUUACCGGGCCAAAAAUUUGCUCCGGUUCAACAUAGCGUACGCGCAUUGAAUUCAAUUCUUCUUUACAGUCAACCAAAUUUUAAUAAUCAAAGCGCAUCUACAGUGAUAAAUUCGAAUUGGACAGCACUUCGAAUGGGCGCAGCACGAUUAGCUCGUCAACAAAAUAAUUUUACAUUAGCAUCAAAAUUACUCAUUCAACAAUUCCAAACAACUCAUAAUUGGCCGACUGGUCAGCCAACACCGCAAGCUAGUAAUACAUCACUAGGAUCUCCAUUACGUUCAUUUCAUGCCGAGGCAUCGUCUAUUGAAACCUAUUCACUUGCGUCACUUCUAACAAUGAUUGAACGUUAUCAAAAUGCUCAUAUGGUUUCCAUUGAACUUGAAACUGAAACAGGAAAAUUAAUGCAUGCUCUCUCAUUGAAUAAAGCGAAUAAUAUAAAUAUAACAAUUCCUAUUGAAUUUCUUUCACGUUCUAUACUACGACAUUUAAUCAAUGAAAGUCAAAUCAAUCCCGGCUACAAUAAUCAACGUUCAAUUAUUAAUAUUGAAAAAUGUUCAAGAAAUUUAUUGCAUAUUGCUAAAUGGUCUCGUACUGCCAUUGAAAGUAAUCAUGAAACAACAACAACAAAUGUGAUAUCACUCGGCAAAUUAUUUCAAUUACGAAAACAAUAUCUUCAUACUGGAUUGGGCGUUGAUAUUGCUGGAGAGCCGUUCGUUCGAAAAAACAUUCCUCUUGAUGAAUUGUUAAUUGGAGAAUUGCUAGAUUUUUCAACAUUAACUUGUCCAGCUUUAGCCAAAUCAUGGUUUCGAUUUGCUGAUUGGGCUUACAUGUGGGGAAGACAAUUACUUGCUCGAUCUAUACCAUUAUCUGCUUUGGAUAUUGGACAACAAGUUCGCUCAAUUCUUCCAUCGGAAGUUUCAUCGGACGAAGUAAUUGAAAUAUCUCGUAUUCUAUCUUCAAUUCGAAUUUUAAAUGAUGAUGACUCCGAAUUAACUGCUUCUGAAUUAUCUUCACUUCAUUCCUAUCGAACUGAUUUAUCACGUGCUUGUUCAUUGCUAACAAAACAUCCGAUGCUCAUCGAACAAUUACUUGCAUUGCAUCCACAAUAUGAUCUUCGCCGUUAUUUUCUUUUAGAACAAUCGUGUCGUGCUUAUUUCACAUAUUUACAAUUAAGCAAUACAAGUGCAUACGCUAAUUCCAAUGAGAAAAAGUCUAAUAAUAAUAAUAAUGGUGAUGAUGCAUCAAAUAUUCUUGUUACAUUACGUUUAUUACGUGUACUUGUGCGAUAUCCUCAACAGCUGCGUACUAUAUUUGAUAGCAAUCUUUUUAGUGUACCAACUGUUGCAUGGAAACGUCUUAUACCACAAUUAUUUUCUCGUUUAAAUCAUCCUGAUAGUUUUGUACGAGAUUAUGUUACUAAUCUAUUGAUACGUAUAGCAAAAGAUUUUCCACAAUUAAUACUUUACUCCGUUGUUGUCGGAAUCACGGAUGAUUCGAAAAUGAGACGAAUCAAAUCAAGAGAUGAACAAGUCUACAAGAGCAAAUCUUCAAGUACACACGAAUCCGAAGAUGAAAAAUCACAAGAUGAUAUUGAAGAAGAAGAUGAUGAUGACGAGGAAGAGGACGAGGAAGAAAUGGAAGAAGAAGAAGAAUAUAUUGAAAAACAAGAAAAUGUUGUCGCUAUGCAAAAUAGUUUACGAUUAAUUUAUAAUGUCCUAUCGGAAACAAACGCACAUGUUGUUGGACAAGUUAAAUUAUUUGUACAUGAAUUACGACGUGUUACUGUUCUAUGGGAUGAACUUUGGUUAGGAACAAUGGCACAACUUCAAGAAGAAAUCAGUCGACGUGUCGAUGUUCUUAAAGAUGAACUUCAACGUCUUGAAUCCAUGACGCAUUUAACAAAAGAAGAAAAAGAAUUCAUGAUUAAAGAAAAACAAGAUAUUUUAUUUAAAUCUUUUAUUACCGUUCUUGAAGCAGUCAGCCAAAUAACUCGUGCACCUGCUGAAACACCACGCGAACAAACAUUUCAAAAAGAUUAUAGUAAACAAAUCGAUGCAGCCAUCGAGCAAUUAAAACAACCUAUUACAUUAUCGAAUCCACAUGCAUGUUGGUUACAAUUACGACAACUUUAUUCAAUGUUACAUCGCACCGGCAAACGAUCAGGUACCAUUCACGCUAUGAACCAAAUAAGUCCAAAACUAGCCGAAAUCAAACAUAGCGUUAUACCAAUUCCGGGCGAAGAUGGCCAGUUUCAUACAAUCUAUAGUGUUGGUCAAACUGUUCAAGUUUUGCCAACAAAAACGCGCCCAAAAAAAUUAAUGUUCGUUGGAUCAAACGGACGUCGAUAUCAAUACCUAUUGAAGGGCCUUGAAGAUCUUCAUUUGGAUGAACGUAUCAUGCAAUUAUUAUCCAUAAUCAAUGUUAUGUUUACUAAAAUCAAUCGUAAUGAACCAUGGUCAUAUGAAGCGAGAAAUUAUACUGUGAUACCACUUGCGUCAAGAAGCGGUCUCAUACAAUGGGUUGAAGGCGCAACACCACUAUUUACACUUUAUAAACGAUGGCAACAACGACAAGGAACAGCGCUCACAUGGAAAGCUCAAAAUGACAAUCAAGAAAUAACUAUAGCUACAGUACAAAAGCCAAAUGAUGUUUACUAUUCAAAACUCAAUGCUAUAUUGAAAGAAAAGGGUAAACAACCUGUAGAAGAUCGGCGUGAAGUACCAAUGCCAAUAUUACGCCAAUGUAUUGAAGAAUUGAUACGCGAAACGCCAGCGGAUCUUUUAGCACGUGAACUCUGGUGUAGUUGUCCAAGUGUGGGUUUAUGGUAUAAAAAUGUUCAAAAUUACAGUCGUUCAUUAGCUGUCACAUCCAUGAUUGGAUACAUGAUUGGUCUCGGUGAUCGUCAUCUCGAUAACGUUCUUGUGGAUUUAAAAUCUGGCCAAAUAAUUCAUAUUGAUUACAAUAUUUGUUUUGAAAAAGGUAAAAAGUUACGUGUACCAGAAAAAGUUCCAUAUCGAUUAACACAAAAUUUACAAAAUGCACUUGGUAUCGCUGGAAGUGAAGGUGUUUUUUCAUUAUCAUCAGAAAACGUUCUGAAAAUAUUACGUAAUGGAAAAGAAAUUUUACUUAAUUUACUUGAAUCAUUUAUCUACGAUCCAUUGAUUGAUUGGACUGGUCAUGAUACCGGUGUGUUGGCUGCAUUUUAUGGUGGUCAGAGUAAUUUAUACGAACAAAUAACAAUUAAAAAACGUCAAGUCGAAAAAGAUGCUUUACUACGAAUGUUUCAUCUUCGCCAAAUUGAAAUACGACACACUUGGAUCAAUCUAGGAGAAUCCAUUAAUCGUACUAUGAAUAAAUUAAUUCAACGUGUUAACGAUAUAAAUGAAUUGGAAAAGAAUAUCAGCGAACAUGAUAUUAAAAUGAGUAUUAUGGAAAGACGUUUAGAUUAUUUUAAAACAGCAUUAGAGAGUUCUUCAACAAAUCAUUCCUUAUUUUCAUUACUUGACAGACGAAAACAAUUACAAACAAUACGAACAGAUAUGAAUACGGCCAAAGAUUUAGUUUUAACACUUUAUCAAAAUCUUGAAGAUAUUCUAGCCAAUAGCACUGAAGCACAUGCUGAUCUAAAAUCAAAAGCAUUUUGUAAUAAACUUCAUGAUUUUAUCGAAAAUGAUCAUGUAUCGAUCAGUACAUCACCAGUGGUGCUUGCUGCGGAUUUCCUUCACACAGCAGGAAAAACCACACUUCUUCAUCAGAGUGAACAAUUGGAUGAUGAAUUACGACAUACUCUAAAAGUUUAUCGAGCGGCACGACAACCAACCGUAGUCAAUAUUUUUAAGAGUCUGGUUGAUCUUUGCCAUUAUCUACCCAAAGAUUAUAUUGAAUCAUCAUUAUUGACUAAACUUAAAGAUCGUUUAAGUGAACUUUGUAAUAAUUUCACAACAGAAAAAUGUCAAGAAUUUUUGAAUGAUAUUGAUACAUAUUUCUUAAUUGACGAAACAUCUCCAUCGAGAUCGGAAUCAAUAAGUCGAGCAUUGUCAAUUGAUAAUCAAUUCAAUGAAUACAUUCAAAUUGUUAAUCAAGAAAUCUCUAAAAUAUCGGAAUUACAAACAUUUAUUCAUCAGUCACCUACCGAUGUUACUAUUUAUAAAGAUUUAUUUGAUACAACACUUCAAAACUUAGAUAAUAAUGAACACGCAAAUUAUCGUAAUACACUUCUACUUAUGUUACUUGAUCGAUGGCAACAUUGCCGUCAAAUGGGUGAUACAGCAAGAAAUCUUUUUAAUGUUUCAUCAUUGACAGAUAUCAGUAACGAUACAUUUACUAAUGAAAUCUAUACACUUAUUAGCAAUACCGCUUAUCUUGGGUCUAUUAUUCAACAAAACAGUACGACAAUGUCAUCGGAUUCACCACUUAUUGAUAGUACAGUCAAGUUAAUUACUAGUUUAGAAAAUGUAUUUCGAUUAUUAAAGGAUUUAUUAAACAAUUUUGAACUGACGACUAUACCAUCAUUAAUUCGUGCUGCUUGUUCGAAACAGAAUAGUUUGUUCGUCUGUAUGGAUCAAUUAAAUAAUGCUUUCCAACAAAUUCAACAUAUGGCAGCAUCAAAUUCAACAGCAUCAGUCGAUGAUACAUGUCAAAUAGUAUAUCAACAACUUCGCUCAUCUUGGACAGAUUUAACCGAUGAAAUUUUCGAUGCAUUUUUAAAUUUAUCGAAUUCAUUCGAUCAUCUUGACAAAGAAUUGAAUAAUGUGUGUACACUUUUUCAAAUGUUGAAUGUGCCUGCACCUUGGUUGCAAUCGCCGUUGUUUGAUUGGAAACAGACAAAUAUUGAUAAUGAUGAACAUCGAAAACUUUUAACCAACUUUUUUGCUAUGACGAAAAUUGCCACAAUGCGGCAAGUGUGUCAAUUGAUUAUUGAUCAUUCACAAACGUUUAAUAAUCUUAAAUCACAAAUAACAAAAGAUAAUGAUCUUAGUAUGAUAAUGAAAAAAUUCAUUCUUCUUUAUAUUGUUCAAUAUCUUGCCGAUUUACCUGCUCUUGCAACAAGUUAUUUAAUUUUUUCAUUAAUUCCAUCAUCUCAGUCCAUGCUUGAAACCAAUAUUAUUGAAACUGAUAAUCAAUUUCAAGAUUUUAUCAAUAACAUUUGUUUAAUAACACCAACGACACAACUAGCUGACCUUCAACAGCUUUUAGCUCAAAUAAACGGUAUCUGGCAAAACUGUAGCAAUGCUGAACAUGUCAAAACCUCAUUAGAUAUAUUACAAAUACGAAAACAUUCUAAUGAAAUGCAAUUAAUGGCAUACCGUUGGAAAAAUUUUCAUUUACUUAAAUCAAAUAAUAAAACUCAGCAACGACAAAAGCUAAUCGAAGAAUUAACAACGGAUCAAAAUAUUUUAACCAUCAACGAUAGUAUAUCAACAGUCAUUAUUGAGAAAAUGGCGAAUCUUGAGCAAACAGUUAUUCAACGAUUACGAUGGGCUGCUGGCGCUAAUCCAUUGGUUCAAGAUGUACUUGACAAAUUUGAAAUUCGACAAAAAGAACGUGCUAAUGAAAUAGAUAAUGAUAAACAACUUUGUUUGCAUCUUGUUCAAAUGCUUCAAUCAUGGCUUCUUUUCGAACAAUAUGAAGAACAAAUAAAAUUACAACGAGAUUUAAUUAUUCAUGCAAGAACAUUCGCAGAAAAAGGCUUAGAAAUUUGUCUAUUGAAAAACGACAUCGAAUCAAAUUUCAGUAUUGUCGAGCAAGCCGUUUUAGAAUUUCCGCCGGUUGAAAAUCUCAAACAAAUAACAUUACAAAAUCUUCCAUCAUUAAUUGAACAAGCAGAGAAUGAAUGUAUGAAACAUAAACGUAAUCGAAUAAAAGAAGAGAGAGAACUGGAAAACCGUCGAGAUGAAACCAGUCAUUUAAUAACUGAAUUAAAAGAACAUAUGUCUCAACAUAAUAUCAAUUUUAAAGAUAUUUCAUCUGUAUUAAAAAGUUUAUUAAAAGUUAUUCCUCAUCGAGCAUUACAAAAUUAUUCAAAUAUUCAUCGAGAAUUUCUUGAAUUAUGUCAUACUGUUGUUAAACAUACACUUCAUAUCGAUAGAAGCAGUUCUAUGCAAUAUGCUGUAGUCAUAGUAAAAAUGAAGCGAAUUUCAACAAUUAAAACGAAAGUUUUCGAUGAUCUAAUUCAAUUGAAUCCUACUAUUGAUAAUGAAAAUCGAGAGCGAAUAAAUUCAUCGACAGCAAAUACAUGUACACAACAUGAAGCCACAGACAAAACAACAAAGGUUACGGAAGAACGAAAUAAAUAUGCUGUUGAAAUCUGUAAACGAAUUCGUGAUAAACUUGAUGGUUCUGAUCCUGAUCCAUUAACUCAAAGCUCCAUUAGUGAACAGGUUCGUUAUACAAUUCGUGAAGCUACUGAUAUAGAAAAUCUAGCAACACUUUAUGAAGGAUGGACAUCAUGGGUAUGA